UCCUCCCGGCUGGCUCGCACGGCCACCCCGAAAACACGCCACGCGAAACGACGAGCGCGCCCCACCUCUGUCUCGCCGUCGCGCGCCACGCCCGGAGCGGCCAUUGCUAUUCCCUAUCGCUUCCGCGCCUAUUGAUGGCGUGACGAGUGAGCGACACGGGCUACGUACGUGACCGAUCGAUCAAACGAAUCAUCCAUGGCCGCCUCCGUCUCCCUCGCCGUAGCCGCCACCGCCGUCGUCGCGCUGCUGCUCGCGCUGCCCGUAGCGCUCGCCGAGAUCAAGACGACGCCGAUCGUCGCCGACUCGCGGCCGGUCAUCCUGUUCGAGGAGUUCGGGUUCAAGCCUGGCGGCGUGUCGGCCGUGUCCGUCCGCGGGGUGUCAUGGCGGGUGGCCGAGGGGUCGAAGCUCCAGGCCGCCGACCCUGGCCUAAUGGGGUUCAUCCUCAUCUCAAACUCCCUCUUCUUUCAGAUCAACAACGAGUCCGACUACGCCGAGGCCACCGGCGGCGCCUUCUGCCCGCUCACCAGCAAGUACGUGCUGCCGCUGUUCCGGCUCAAGGACAUCGCCCCCGACGGCAACGGCAAGGGCUCCGUCACCAUCGACGACGACGACCAGUACACGGUGCUGUUCAGCAGCUGCCAGGACGGCGUCGAGGUGACCAUGGAGGUGCGCACCGAGAUGUACAACGUGCGGCCCGGCGGCGGCCGCGGCGUCAGGGAGUACCUCCCCGUCGGGCUCCUCCCGCUGCCGGGCAUCUUCGCGGCGGCGUCGGCGGUGUACUUCGUGUUCCUGGGCGCGUGGGCGUGGGCGUGCGCCAGGCACCGCGCGACGGCGGGGCAGAUCCACGCGGUGAUGGGGGCGCUGCUGCUGUUCAAGGCGCUGAAGCUGGCGUGCGCGGCGGAGGACGCGUGGUACGUGGAGCGCACGGGGACGCCGCACGGGUGGGACGUGGCGUUCUACGUGUUCGGCUUCUUCAAGGGCGUCCUGCUCUUCACCGUCAUCGUGCUCAUCGGCACCGGCUGGUCCUUCCUGAAGCCGUACCUCCAGGAGCGGGAGAAGAAGGUGCUGAUGAUCGUGAUCCCGCUCCAGGUGGUGGAGAACAUCGCGUCAGCGGUGAUCGGGGAGACGGGGCCGGCGGGGAGGGACUGGCUGGCGUGGAACCAGAUCUUCCUCCUCGUCGACGUCAUCUGCUGCUGCGCCGUCUUCUUCCCCAUCAUCUGGUCCAUCCGCAACCUGCGCGAGGCGUCCAAGACCGACGGCAAGGCGGCCAGGAACCUCAAGAAGCUCACCCUCUUCAAGCAGUUCUACCUCGUCGUCGUCGGCUACCUCUACUUCACGCGGAUCGCCGUCUCGGCCUUCGCCGCCGUGCUCAGCUACAGGUACCAGUGGGUGGUCACCGUCGCCAUGGAGGCGGCCAGCCUGGCCUUCUACAUCUUCGUCUUCUACAACUUCAAGCCGGUGGAGAACAACCCGUACCUGUACGUCGGCGAAGACGAGGAGGAGGAGGCCAGCGGGCAGCUUGAGAUGGAGGGCACUUUCGAGAUAUAAAUCAUGGACAUAAUAUAUAUGACAUGGCUGCCUAACCUCUGCACAUGCCUCUCCAAGUUUUGUACGUAGAUGAUGGUGCACUGCGUCUUUCUGCACGCAGCUGUGUAUAAAUCACCAUGCAAAAAAAAGGUAGCUCCUGCCUGCACAAAAUGCGUUGGCACGCCCUUCAGCAAUUCUGUGAUUCCCCACGGGAAAAUAACGAAGUAUAUAGCAAACGAAAUGUGAAAAUUGAAUUGACCCAAGAAGGUAUUUUGAGGUUUAAUAUCUUGAUGACUACCUUAUUAUUUGUAACUUCUUUUUUAAAACCUGAAUACUGCUAGGGAGGCCCCGGCAGUGUGAUUUU